UCUCUUCCCUCAUUCUUUUUUGCUUUUGCCGCGUACAUCUUUACUUUACCUUUUAGGGUCUCCGCAUUGACAGAUUAGAGAGAGAGAAAUUCAUACUCCGAAUAUCUCUCUCUUCUCUUACUAUUUUCUCAUCUAAGAGCUCUUCUGAAUAUUAUUGCUCCUAUUGGAAAGAGAAGGACUCUUGGUUUGAUUAUGAAGAGUUCAAAGAAAUCUGCAUCUCAUCAGUUGUUUAAAGAUAAGGCUAAAAAUCGUGUGGAUGAUCUACAAGGAGUAUUUACAGAUCUACAAUUUGCUCGUAAAGAGAGUCGUUCAGGUGAUGUUGCUGUUCUAGAGGAACAGGUACAUCAGAUGUUAAGAGAGUGGAAAGCUGAACUUAAUGAACCUUCUCCUGCUUCUUCUUUGCUGGGUGGCAGUUUAGGUACUUUUUCGGAAGAUCUUUGUCGUUUAUUGCAGCGAUGCGAUGAGGAGGAUGAUGCUACUAGUGCUUUAAAAGAGCCUGGGAACCCAAAGCCUGAGCCUGAUGUUCAAUCCCUUCCUCCAGCUGUAGAUAAUACUGAUUUAUCUGUUGAUAGCUAUUUUGUGAAUCAAGUCCCACAAGAACAUGGAUAUCAAGGGCUUGAUCAGUGUAAAGAAUCUCUUCCGGUGAUGCAUCCAAACAUGAUAACCAACUUGGAGGCUGUAAAUCAGUUUGACUUCCAUCAAUUUGAUUUGCAGCAAGAUUUCGACCAAAAUCUUUGUAUUGUUUACAAUGGUCCAGGACAAUGCGGAGAAGAUGCUUUGCAGAAUCUCUCUGACUUGCCCCCUAGUAUGCGUCUUCCACCUUCUGCCUUCUUAGGUCCUAUAUGCGCACUUUGGGACUGUCUAUGGCCUGCUCAAGGGGCUGACUGGUAUCAAGACUACUGCAGUAGCUUCCACGCUCUCCUAGCCAUGCAGGAAGGCCCUCCCGGUAUGACUCCAGUAGUACGACCUGCAGGCAUAGGUCUGAAAGAUGGUCCACUAUUUGCUGCUCUCAAAGCUAAGGCACAUGGAAAAUUUGUUGGUAUUCCGGAAUGCGAGGGAGCUGCGACGACUAAGUCCCCGUGGAAUGCUCCUGACCUCUUUGAUCUUUCUUUAGUCGAUGGUGAAACAAUCAGAGAGUGGGUCUUUUUCGAUAAGCCACGGAGAGCAUUUGAAAGUGGUAAUAGGAAGCAGAGGUCAUUGCCAGAUUACAGUGGUCGUGGUUGGCAUGAGUCAAGGAAACAACAGAUGAAGGAAUUUGACGGUCUAAAGAGAUCAUACUAUAUGGACCCACAGCCACUGAAUGGUUUUGAGUGGCACCUGUAUGAAUACGAGAUUACUAACUGUGAUGCGUGCGCUUUAUAUAGGCUAGAGUUCAAGAUUGUUGAUGGAAAGAAGAGUCCAAAAGGAAAAGUAACCAAUGACCCACUUGCAGAUCUGCAGAAGCAGAUGGGGAGGUUAAGUGCCGAAGUUCCUGCAGAUAAUAAACGAUCUGUUAAGGGUAGGCCAAAGAGCAACAGAAAGGAUGCAAAUGCAAAUGUUUACUCGGCUCCAAAUCUGAUGGCUCCUUCCACCGAAAACUUUGGGUACGGAGUGAAUGCCUCAUACGGGUACACUGUUGAACUAAAUGAUUAUUAUGGAACAUAGUAAAAGGAGGAGACUUGUUCCUUAGUCCAAUGACUUAUAACUUAUUUAAGUAUUUCAUAAUCAGGGGUGUAGUAGCUGGAGGAGACUUGUUCCUUAGUUCAUGUGACUCAUUAAGUAUUUCAUUGUCAAGGGGUAGUAGCUGCUGAUGCAUUCGUGUUGGGGCAGUUGGUUUAACGACCUAUUUCCCAACAAACGUGUCUGCAUCUUCAUCUACCUGAUAUUAACCUCUAUCUCCUUUUUUUACUCACAUUGGAGAUGUUUGUAUAGUUAUUUCUUUUACUGCGACAGAGUCUCCUGCAGCUUGCUGAGUUUUAACAUUCAGCAAAAGAAAGACUGUACAUGGUUUGGGUAGAACUCCCAACUGCCAAGACAAUAGUUAUGUGCUACUAAUGAUAAGAGGGUAUAAAUAAAUCUGUAUAGGGUGGUAUAACUUCAGUUUAUUUACUAAGAAUUUUGCAUUAUAUCAUGUUUUCUUGUGUUAGCUUGUAUUCUCGUGUUGAGCCAUCAAGAACUGGGUUCCAACUUUCCUCUUCUAUGUCAAGUAACACGUCUUUUUGUAAUGAGAUCAUCCUUGUGAAAAAACUGUCAUGUACCCGUGAAAAAAUUGAACGGUCUUUCUCCUUCGAUUCUGGAA